GACAUUUCUCAUUGACAUUUCAGACGUCGAAAAAUAAAAGGAAAAUAUUGCUUCGAGUACUGGUAAAUUAAUCGAAAAGAGUAACAUCUUACCGACAAAAUGUGGUUCGAGAUUAUACCAUCAUUUGCAAUUGUAUCCUUGGCGUUAGCCGCUCCUGGAUACGCCAUUUAUGGAUUACACAAACUCGCUCUAGGAAAUCCAUAUCGCCGUGGAAUGGAAGAACGACACAAUCGCAUGGAUUAUCAACGCGAUCGUAGACUCACUGCGAACCCAUACAUACAAAAUGGACUGGAGGUCAUUCCGGAUGAAUAGCCAGAUGAGAGUCAAUCUUGUAAAUUGGUGUCGCCCAGCGUAUAGAAAAUCUAAAACAAAAUGUUCAUUAAACAGAAGUGAGCACAAAUUAAAAUUUGAUUUUAUU